GGGGUUGGGCGGGGCUCGCGAGCGCCGCUAUUUCCGGCCGGGCUGCGGGCCUCCGGUCGGGCUUCCGCCGGCGGCGCCGGCGGUGGCCUGGAGCUGGUGGGGCGGGCUGUCGUCUGGCCUAUGCUCCCAGCCCUUCUGAGCGCUGUGGCUCUGCCAGGAGUCGGCUCGCGUUCGUUAACCGUUAAUCUCCGGACUGGCUUCCGCCCAGUCACAGCGAGGCCCUUCGGGCUUGUUCACCUUACAGUCCGGGCCCACCCGGGACCUGCCGCCUGUGUGGGGCAGGCGGGGCGUUUUUAACUAGCUUUCCUGGCUUCUAUGCGUACUAAAUCUGCUCCGCGGUUUCUGCAGCCCAGGCCGUGGUAGAUACUCGUCUCCUGAAGUCUGUAGGCGCAACAGUCCAGAACCUCUGGACAGCCACGUGUAGCCUGUGCCCGGGGUUCCUGAGCGCCUCUCCGUAUAACUACUGUAGAAGGUCUUUACUAAGGUGUUAAAUACACUUUCAAGUCGUGCGUUAAUUUGUCAGAACUGGAAGGGCCUUAGAGAUGACAGCUAACAUGGUUAGAGCGUUUCCCAUGGUCCGGUCCUGCUAUGAAACACUUGAUUUGUAGUGAGCGUUCAUUUCUCGCCACAUCCCUAUGUGGCAGAUCAUUCUUACAGACGUGCAAACUGUAGCACAGGGAAAUUAAGCAACUUGCCCCAAAUCACGCAGAGCCAGGAUUCAAACCGAGAUGAACUCACCAUUGAUUACAGAUUUCUAAUAGCAGGGAUGAUGGUAGUAAAUUUUAGAGCAGCUACAUGACUUUAUUAAAUGAUUAGGGAACUAUUCCGCUUUAAACAUCUGUUGAUGCUACUCUUGUGACAUUAGCUUUCCUAAAGUAAAAAAAAAAUUCAGAACCAUGUUUGGUGAUAAACGUACAUCUAUGUAUAUAUACGUAUACAGAUAUCUUUAUUUUGCUAAAAGGCUUUGUACCUUUAAGACAGUUUACUUGCAGGCCACGUGUUUUUAUAAACCCAUGGAUGCUGCUUAGAUGAAAUGUUAAGAUGUAUACACUGUGUUCACUGAAUAUAGACUCAGAAGAUGUAGGUUUGAAUCCUGAGUGCUACUUUGUGGGUUUUGAAUCCUGACUGCUACUUUUGUUAAAGGGGAUCCUUUACCCUUAGUUUCCUAAUCUGCAAGAUAGGUAUACUACUUACCCCUUGGCGAUAGUGAACUCCUGUAUGCAAACAGUCCAAGUGGGUGGCCACUCACUGAAGGAUAACUAGUUUUAUCUAUAAUAUUCUGCCAUCCAAAGAGAUGCAAAACUAAUAUCUAAGGCUGGUCUCUUCUCUGAACCUAAAAACAAGGGUGUCACCCUGGAGCUAUGCAUUCUGAUAAUGUGUAGGUCAAGGCUCCAGACUUAGUAAAAGCACCUUUGUCAGAGAUCAAGAGGAAUAACAAGUAAGUUCUUUUAAUUUCAUGUCUCUUUUGUCUCCAGUGUCUUAUGGAAACUUAUUUAUUUAUUUUUUUAAUUUAACCUGAAUGGAUUCCCUAUGCUGGAAAAGUAAUAGAGACUGAGGAUCUAUCGACUAAUCUGUAAUUUUAUAUGGUGUUAGCACCUUUAGAAACCUAUUUUAGGCACGGGACAAAAAAAUACUUCUUAAGGAGGAAAAUGGAACAAAAUGGCUAAAUUUUUCAGAAGUGACUUUGCUUGAUCUAGUCCCCAAACAGCACAGACCGGUUAAUUUUUCACUUUCCUUUUAGUUAAGAUUCUGCUAUCUUAAAGUAGACUCAAAAUGAGGAAAUGUAUGGGAGCAUAUGAAUAGUGCAUCAAAGUAACAGUAACUAAGGUGAAUACAUUGACUCUUAUUAUUGUCUGAAUGGACCAUGAUAUUCACAAUAUUUAAUUAAGAAUAAUGUGGAUGUUAAUUAUAAAUAUUACUAGCUAUCAUAAAUACAUAUGACCAUUAUUUGAAGGGUAUGAUAAUACUUUCCUAAGCAAAAAGCAAGACUGUAAUCAUAGUUCUCUGAAACCUUUUAUCAUUUAGCCCAGCAUCCUCUGCUCAUUUCUUAUCAGCUUGUGCAAAGUUCACUGCAGUUUUCCUUGGUUGGGGUGCAAACCCUGCUAAAACUGUAUGUUCGAAGAGACUGAAACUUGAGGAAGGAUUAAUUGGGUUCUCAUUUCUUUGGAAGUCUGGAGAACUUAAUUAACUUUUCAUGCUGCACAUUUCAUAUAUUUUACUUGCUUGAUACUAGUAUUUCUUUUCUAACUUUUUGCCUGGACAAAGAAAACUAUUCAUUUAUUUCCCCUUUCUAGUGCCAAGUUUUUAAAGAAGCUGAACAAAAUUCUCAGUCCAUUCAUGAUCUUUCUGCAGAGGCACGUUUUCUGAGGAUAGAAAAUGCCAUUUUAUCCCGUCUCUUGGUUUUUGGAUCAUCUAUUACAUAAAUCAUGGAUCUUGAUGGCUCUGAACAAGAUCCUGAAGUGAAGGAAUAUUCUCCUGUCUGUGUUGGCAGAGAAGAUGACAUUAAAAAAUCUAAAAGAAUGACAGCUGUUGUCCAUGAUAGAGAAGUGGUCAUUUUCUACCACAAAGGAGAAUAUCAUGCGAUGGAUAUUCGCUGUUACCACUCAGGAGGGCCUUUACAUUUGGGAGAAAUAGAGGAGUUUGACGGACGACCAUGCAUAGUUUGCCCCUGGCAUAAAUACAAAAUUACUUUGGCAACAGGAGAAGGACUAUACCAGUCUAUAAACCCUAGAGAUCCAUCAGCAAAACCUGAGUGGUGCUCCAAAGGAGUAAAGCAAAGGAUUCAUACAGUGACAGUGGACAAUGGGAACAUUUACGUGACUCUUUCUAAAGAACCUUUUAAGUGUGACUCUGAUUUUUAUGCCACUGGGGACUUCAAAGUAAUUCAGAGUUCUUUCUGAUAAAAUUAUAUGGCAAUGAAAAA